AAAACGCAGACCGUGCGAGAGAGCUAGGGCUUCAGUGCACAGAGCAUUCUCCGCUUGAAUCUCAGCAGCAAAUCCAUCGAUGAGCAGACUCUGGAGUCGCGCACGACCCCGGCGACGGAGUUCUUCUCUUCCCCCUUCACCCACAGGAACAAUCGAUGUUGAGUUUGAAGCCAGUGCUUUCCGGCAGUUUCCACGCUUCGGGCGAAAGAUACUUAGUUGAGUGGACCCAAAAAAUAUAGACCGUAAAAUCCAGCCAAUAAAAUGGGCCCAAAUUCUGUAGGCCCCAAAGCCUCUUAAGCUUUUGAUUUCCGAAACAAAAGAAGCCCUUCGUUCCUCAAGAAGAUUGAAGCCUGUCGCGAAAGGAAGCCAGCGGUCCAGGCGAGUUGGAAGAAUCGGAAUCUUCGGUCGAGCGAAGAGCGUUUCCGGGUUUCUGAAUCGAACCCACAUCUUCAUUUUCACUCAACUUCAUCUUUUUCGAUCGACUGAUCGUCUUUAACUUGGAGUUGUGCGAUAUCUAGCUCGGGUGGCAAGAAAAUAAGGGAGAUCUCUUGUGGUAAUCAAGAUAGAUAGUAGUAUAAGAAGAUGGGGGAGCUGGCUGGCGAUAAACAUGUCAAGUACAUUUUGUCUGUUGAAAAGAAAAAGGAUAGUUUUGAGUCAGUGGUUAUGGAGCACUUGAGAUUGAAUGGAGCAUAUUGGGGAUUGACCACUCUAGAUCUUCUUGGAAAACUUGACACAGUGGAUUCAGAUGAAGUUGUUUCGUGGAUCCUGCAAUGCCAGCACGAGUCUGGUGGCUUUGGUGGAAACAUUGGACAUGAUCCGCAUCUGCUGUAUACACUCAGUGCCGUGCAAGUGUUGGCCCUCUUUGACAAGUUAGAUCUUGACGUCAACAAAGUGACAGAUUACAUCAGAGCACUACAAAAUGAAGAUGGAUCUUUCUCUGGGGAUAUAUGGGGAGAAGUUGAUACUCGGUUCUCUUAUUGUGCCAUAUGUUGUCUUGCAAUACUAAAACGGUUGGUUUCAAUAAAUGUGGAGAAGGCAGUCAGAUAUAUAGUGAGUUGCAAAACUUUGGAUGGCGGGUUUGGUUGCACUCCUGGUGCAGAGUCUCAUGCAGGCCAAAUAUUUUGUUGUGUGGGUGCUCUGGCUAUCACGGGGUCACUACAUCACAUUGACAAGGACCUUCUUGGCUGGUGGUUAUGCGAACGACAAGUCAAAUCUGGAGGUUUAAAUGGCCGCCCUGAAAAACUUGCUGACGUCUGCUACUCCUGGUGGGUGCUUUCUAGCUUGAUUAUGAUUGACAGAGUUCACUGGAUUGACAAAGAAAAGCUUAUCAAAUUCAUCUUGGACUGUCAGGACACUGAAAAUGGUGGAAUUUCUGAUCGACCAGAUGAUGCCGUGGACAUUUUCCAUACAUAUUUUGGAGUGGCUGGUCUUUCCCUUCUUGAAUAUCCAGGACUUAAAGCCACAGACCCAGCCUAUGCCUUGCCGGUUGAUGUUGUUAAUAGGAUUUUCUUUGGCAGAUGUUCAACCUGACCACAGACCACACAAUAUAUUACAUUUUCAUGACUUUCUGAGUAAACAUACUAGCAUCAUUAACCAACUUUCUACUUCACUGUAUACCGAAUUCCACAAAAAUUGAAAUAGUUGUUGGUCGACCCAACUUUUCUAGUGAACCAUUUGUUACCCUGGGAGAACCUAAACUUCUUGUAAUCCUUUUUUGUACCUUUGUCUCUGUUGAGGCUCGAGCUAUAGUUUCUCCUUUAUGUACCUUAAGUCUCUCUCAAGCUAUAAAAUUUUGUAUGCUGAAA